GGGUAGCCACUUAUUGGAUAUGAAGAGAUGUUGUCAGGUGGUGCAGAGGAGAAGAACUCUUCUUGAGAAGUGGGUGGGAGAUCUGAACGUGACAGAACUGUCAUCAGGUCCUUUGGGUGCCUCAGAAGCCACGGACAUACAUCUCAAACACAUGAUGCCUCCGAGGAAGUGAAGACACCAAACAGCCAAGAUGGCAGACAAGAAAGGCAACGUGUCCUCAAGCCGUAAGCACACUCUGAAGAGUUGUAUGCUGGCAGUUGCUAAGGAUUGGCUUGAAGCUGAAGCAUUAGAGAAAACUAAAGAGAGGGAGAGAUACAUGGAAGAGAACUGCCCUCCUCUGGAGAUGCCCCACUCCAAGGAUGAUUUGAUGGAGCUUUGCAAAAAGAUGUACGACAAAGUUAAUGUGGUUGAUGAGGAGAGAUACAACUUAGAAUAUAAAGCGAUCAUGGUUUGCAAUGAGGUUAAAGACCUAAACAUCAAAAUUGUUGACCUGAGGGGCAAGUUUAAGAAGCCAGCACUGAAGAAAGUGCGUAUGUCUGCUGAUGCUAUGCUCCAGGCUCUGCUUGGCUCCAAGCACAAGGUGACCAUGGAUUUGAGAUCCAACCUGAAACAAGUGAAGAAAGAUGAGAAGAAAGAGGAUAAGGACUUGCGUGACGUUGGUGACUGGCGUAAGAACAUUGACGACAAGGCCGGCAUGGACGGCAGGAAGAAGAUGUUUGAGGGAGAUAAUUAGAUCAUUGGGCUGUGUUUGUAUGAUGUGACUGACUACUGUCCUGUAAUGUCGUACUGACAACCACAUUCUGAUUGAUACCCAUUACAACCAAUAUCGUAACUAUGUGACACAUCUUUAUUUAUUUCGAAGACACAGAAAGAAACAGAAGGAAACAGAAGCAGAAAGUAAGAAAGUCUUAGGAAGAUGUGUGUAAUGGUCUGAAUCUUGGUUUACUGCUUUACUCCCUGUAGUAGAGUAGCCUGCUGUACAGUGACAAACUUUAAAUUGGCUUAAGGAAAUCAUUCUUCAUUUCAAAUAUUUAUAUUUUGUCAUGCUGAUACACUAAGAGAACAAAACGUGUAAAUCUUGCAACCGCUAUCCUGUACUGUUACCGUAUAGAGUGGAUCCUUGGUAAUGUUCUAGACUAGAGUGCUGAGUUGCCCAUAUCAUAUAGUCACACAUGCAGAUCACUCCUAUAGUUAAAGGUUUUGUAUAAUAAAAGUCCAAACGAGCCCCCGAAAAUUGUGCACAAUUGUGUACGACAUCAUCCAUUUUGUAUGAUAUGUUACGUCCUCCCAAAAAAAUAAUAAAAAUAAUAAUCUUAA